AUGCCAGACCAACCCAACCAACCCCAACAAAUGCACAACAUCUAUCACACAGACCUACAAAACUUUGUCAAGCAAAUUCUCAUCGCAAACAACACAUCACCAGCACACGCCGAAAUAGUUUCUAAAUGCCUCGUGUCCGCCGAUCUCCGUGGUGUAGACACACAUGGUAGUAACCGAAUCCCAUCUUAUAUGGAACGAAUCCGACAAACCGCACUUGACCCAAGUGCAGUCCCAACAAUCCGUCAAGUGACGCCAGUCGUCGCCCAAGUCGACGCGCACAAUGGGUUUGGCUUUGUAGCCGCACACCAUGGGAUGAGUCUCGCAAUCUCGAUGGCCCAGACCUUCGGCAUCGGGAUGGUCUCCGUCAAGCACUCGAAUCACUUCGGCAUGUCUGCGUGGCUGGUGCAACAGGCGCUAGAAUCUGAUAUGAUGUCCCUUGUGUUUACGAAUAGCUCGCCCGCACUACCUGUCUGGGGCGGGAAGGAGAAGCUAAUGGGUGUUUCGCCAAUUGCGUGUGGAGCGCCGGCUGGAGAAGGCAGGCCAUUUAUCUUGGAUAUGGCACCUUCCAUUGCCGCUCGCGGAAAGAUUUAUAAGGCGCUUCGGCGUGGGGAGAAGAUUCCUACGGAUUGGGCGCUGGAUAAGCAUGGGGUGCAGACGGAUAAUCCUGCUGAGGCCUUGCAGGGAGUGAUGCUGCCUAUGGGUGGGCCGAAAGGGUCUGCGCUCUCUGUUAUGAUGGAUGUUUUCUCGGGUGUGCUGUCUGGGUCUGCUUUUGCUGGGCAUGUUACAAACCCGUAUGAUCCGUCCAAGCCAGCUGAUGUGGGUCAUUUCUUGGUGGCUAUUAAGCCGGAUUUGUUCAUGACUAUCGAGGAGUUCAAGGAGAGGAUGGAUUAUCUAUAUCAACGGGUUGUUGAUUCAGAAAAGAUGGCUGGUGUUGAUCGAAUUUAUUUUCCCGGGGAGAUGGAAAUGAUUACCGAGGAAAAACGGUUGGCGGAUGGCAUUCCCUUUGCCACAGCUGAAAUCGAGAGCUUGAAUAAGGAGGCCGACCUAGUAAAAGUCGAGCAUUUGAAAGUACAGACCACCCAAUAA